GUCAAGGGAAUGAAAUCUGCUUUCACCCACAUCCCAACUGGAUCAACCUUCAUUUGACCUAUGAGGACUGCUGUUCGCAGGAUGCACUGCAUGGGGCUGAUUGCUUUGGCCCACUGGGGGGCUUCUACACCUGGAGCUUUUGCUGCCAAGCUCCACCCCGCGACUGCGAUUGGCACGAGAUCUUGUCCGUGGUCGCAGCGUCGGAGCAGGUGGGCCCCGAGACGCUCCAGAGGUUAGCUGACUAUCCAGUUCUGCUACGAGAAUUUUGCUGCCUUGUUCCUGGAGAUGAAGAUCAUCCCUGCUGGCACUUGUAUGGACUCGAGCCCAACGCACGCCUUCCGGGUCCCUUCAUUCAGUGCUGCUUCCCCGUCCUGCGGCGCCUUCUGUCGAGCGAAGCACCGGACUGGAUGCGCUUGGAGUUGGACCGGGAGUUCGCGGUGCUGCGGCGGAGGUGGAGUGGGCAGGAGCUCAAAGACUUUCAAACCUCGGCCGAGGCCAAGUCGGGCAGGCCAUGUUUGCUUUCGGUGCGCCGCGGCGCCGAGAUUCUGCACCAUGGACUGGACCAGUGCUGUCCCAGAGAUCUCGAAGGCAACGACUGUUCAUAUAUCCACUCAGUGGCCGAAUCCCUCUUCAUCCUGGGCUCUUUGAAGUCCUUGCCCGACAUGGACCUGUUGGUCAGUCCCGGCAACCAGGACCGUAUACAGGCCACGGUGCCCGUUUUCACCCGGCACCGAACCAGGGAACGCAGCGGCUACGGCGGCUACGUCUUGCUGCCCAUGGAGUGGCAGCUGUCGCCCGGCCAAGCGCGGAAGCAGACGGUGGCGGCCACGCGCGUUGCCGGGUUUUUCCGCCCGGAACGACGCCGUGUCACCGGGCGCCAAGCCGCCAAGGAACCUUGGAGCCAAUGUUUACAAAGCUACGACUGCCAAACGCCUUUGUCCUUCAAGAAUUUCAUGAACACACCGAGGGGUCGGCUGGUUUUAGCCUCGCAGUUCGUCGAAAAUGUGGACGCACGCUUUGUAGGGAUGGCUAAUCCUGUGGAGGAGGAGGUGUGGGAUUUCCUGGUGAAGAACAAUCUCACGGAGCAACGCGUGAAUCAACUGGAGGAGGCCCAGUGGAGCUAUGCCAUCAAUGUGGAUGGCACUGGAAGUGGUGAUCGCAUCUAUUGGCAGAUGCUGAUGCGCAAGGUGGUUCUGGUUCAAGAAAGUGCCUGGGUCUCCUGGUUAUUGGGACCCGUGCCGCCCGUGCCUUCGGAUCCUUCGGACGGAGCUGAAGCUCCGGCGGCACUGCGCCCUUGGGAACACUACCUGCCGCUGCGCAUGGACUUGGCCGACCUGAGCCAACGGCUGCGCUGGUUGGACGCGCACCCAGAGGAAGCAGAGAGGAUCGCGGAGACAGCUGCACGAUGGGCCAGGGAAUUUCUGAGCUAUGAUUGGAUAUUGUACUACUUGGAUUGUGCUGUUCGACGGUAUGCAGAGUUCCACUUCGACCCCGCAACCCUUCUGGACGUGCAGAACGCCAGUCGUUUGGAGGAAGACUUGAAGGACAGGGAGAGUUGGAUUUGUCGAUUUGUUGCCCUGUUGCCCCUGGAGGAGGACAGGCCAGGACACAACUGCAUCACGACAGGUCCUUUUCCCAUGGACUUCCUCCUUUCAGCGCUUUUGGCUGCGGAAAAGACUUUGGGCUACAGGGUGGUCAAUCUCAUUGAGGGCUCUGAUAGAAUGACAGGGGAGUCGACUCCAAACCCGGAAUGGUUGCUUGAUCCCUGGGCACCCGAAAAAGGGGCCUGGAUUCCUGGCAAU